UUAUACACAGGGCCGCCUAUGUCGGGACUCUCUAUAAAGGGACUCUACUACUACUACUUCACCUGCCACUGCCAGAGCCCGGUGUCAACACACACCUGUCAGCACACAGGGAUCCUUGGACCUCACUCACCCAUUACUUCUGCGCCAGGAGGAAGACAGCGAGGAUGGCAGAGAACAUAUUCUUAUUCGUGCCUAACCUCAUCGGUUAUGCCCGUAUCAUCCUGGCCUUGUUGUCAUUCUACUACAUGCCCACGGAUUACAUUAUGGCUUCCUCAAUGUACAUCCUCUCUGGUUUCCUGGAUGCCUUUGAUGGUCAUGCUGCAAGAAUACUAAACCAAGCUACAAAGUUUGGAGCAAUGUUGGAUAUGCUGACAGACCGCUGUGGGACCAUGUGUCUUCUUGUGACUUUGAGCCACUUCUAUCCACAGUAUAUGUUUCUCUUCCAAGUGUCUAUGACCAUUGAUAUAUCCUGUCACUGGUUGCAUCUCCACACAACUCUUUUGGCAGGUCGUCAAAGUCACAAAGGAAUAGAUUCCAACCCCAAUCCAAUCCUGCGCAUCUACUAUUCCUCCAGGACUGUUCUGUUCCUCAUGUGUGCUGGUAAUGAGCUUUUCUACUCAUCUCUGUACCUUCUACACUUCACAGAAGGGCCAUUUAUUGCUGGCAUUGGAUUAUGGCGGAUGAUGUCAUAUGUGCUGCUGCCUGUUGGAGUUCUUAAGUCAAUUUUAGCACUGAUGCAGGGCUACAAUGCUGCCCUUAGUCUUGGGGAAAUAGAUGUACAAGAACGUCAAGGUCAAAAGGCCAAGUAAAUUCCAUUACUCAUGGCCAAAAGUAAUGGAAUUUGUUUUGAUAUGUUUAGAUUUUUUAUUAAUGUUUCUUGGAUUAACUGUGGCAAAGUAAAUGAAAUUAUUAAUGUUACUACAUGAACAAUUUUAAUUCCAUGAAAAUUGACCAUAAAAUUGUUUUAUUAAUUAAAUUAAUCAAUAUCCAUACCAAAGAUUUAGUGUAUUGACAGUUUCUUGAAGCAUGGAUGUAAUGUGAUAUUGUUAAUCAGUGAAUUUUAUACUAUACCACAUAAUAGUUACAUGACCAUAUUGUGAAUAGCAUGUAUAUUUUUCCAUUAGAUAGUUCAUUAUA